UGUUCAUGAAGUGCGAUUUGUUACGUAUGUAGUGUACGUGUGUAGUUACAGACUAGUUUCAUGUAUUUGGAAGAAAGAAAAGUUAUUAGUGAGUGUUGCAUGAGUAAGAUAUUCAUGUUUCCCUAUUCACGUUUUGUUUCGAGUGUUUCCGCAUAAUUAGAGAAAACUAGUUUUAUUAAUGCCCACAUGUUAAUUCAACACCUUGUUUUGCUAGUUUCUUCUUGUUCAGUGCGACAAAAAGUGAAAUGAAGUUUGUUUGCAAUACGAUCGUAGUAUAGCGGUUCCGAGUUCAGGUGAAUGACCUAUAGGAACGGAAACUUAUUCUGUUAUGGCUCUCAGCUAAAAAUCCCAUCGUGUGUAAGAAGAAAUAUUAUUCACACCUCAAAAGCUUAUACACAAUAAUAAAGGUGCAUACAUAGAAGAGCUUGAAGAAACUCAUGAAUAUCCAAGAAAGACACUGAAUCAGGAGGAAGGCCCAGUUGGAUACAAAUUGGCUGACUGCUCAGAUUAUUAAGCGGUGAAAGAAUUUCAGAUAAGGAGGCAACAAGAACUUAUAAAGUAAAAUGAAUACACAUCAGAGAAUGCUGCCACAGCAGUAUUGUUUGAGGUGGAAGUACCACCACAACAAUCUGCAAGUCAUGUUCAGCCAACUGCUAGAGCGUGAAAGUUUUUGCGAUGUGACCCUUGCAUGUGAGGGCCGAACUUUGCGUGCUCACAAGGUUGUGCUGUCAGCAUGUAGUACAUACUUCGAUACAAUAUUUUCUCAGUAUGAAGAAAAGAAUCCUAUUGUGAUUUUGAAGGAUGUUAAGUUUGCAGAUAUACGAGCACUUGUUGAAUUUAUGUAUCGUGGAGAAAUCAACAUAGAUCAUUCCCAUUUGGCUAGUUUACUAAAAGCCGCAGAAGACUUGAGAAUUAAAGGCUUGGCAGAGGUUUCCUGGCGAUCUGAAACCCAAGCAAAUCAAUCUGUAGAGGAGAAUGUGAACAAUACUGACACCCGAUCAUCACAAAUGGACACAGUGGUUAGUGAUAAUGAAGUUGAACCACCACUGAAAAGGAGGAGAGGUCGUCCUCCCAUGGAUGCAAGCAGUCCUGUCUUCCAUCCAAAAGUGACAAGCGUGUCAAGUGUUGUCACCAAUGAAGCAACUUUUAGAGACAGAACUGGGACAUCUGAUGCAGAAAAUGAAACUUCAGCUUGGGAUGAAGCAGAAAAUGAGGUGAUUAAUUGUGAUACUUCAGCAGAAGCUACUCCAGCUGCAUCUUCAGUGAGUGUCCAAAGUUAUUCAACACUUCUCUCGCACCUCGCCAAGGGCACCCCGACCCCAUCACAGGAAAGUUUUGCUGAACCUGAGGAGAAAGAAAAGUUAAAGCCUACGUCAUACUCAGAUGGUGCACCAGUUACGACGACACCAUCAAGUGGCAUAACAAGUCAGAUAGCAGAGCAGUACAGGGAUGUCAUCAAAUUAAAUGACUACUUGACAACAGGAAGGCGGCAGCAGUUUUGGGAGGAGCCAUUCACAAGGCGGAUAAUGGAUGCUAUAAAGAGCAAAGAAUUGGAAAUGAAGACUGGUGCUGAAUUACUUGGUGUGUCGUACGGCACCUUGUAUGGGCGGUAUAGAGAUGCUUAUGGCUGUCUGAAACAUCCUUACCGUGUUAGAGAUUUCUGGUCAGAAUCUGGUCCUGCUGACGUUCUAGCUAAAGUGCAGAGGAAAGAAAUCACACUGUUUCGAGCAGCAGAAAUGUUAAAUGUGACAGUGACGACUCUUGCAAACUACCUUUCUACAUUGCGCCAGUAUGAAGGAGAUGAAAGCCUUGAUGAUGCAAGAGAUCACGAUGAUAUGUUUGGAGAUACAUAUAAAACACCAGUUAAGAAAUUUACGUCAGCUCUUGAAAAUAAUCCUGAUAUCACUAUUGUGAAACAGGAACCACCAGGGACAAUGAUGAACCAUGAACAGAUUGAUAAUGAUAGUGCCCUUCCUUCAGUUGGAACAAAUGAUGCAGACCAUUCCGACACAAAAACUGUUGGUAGCCAUCUACCAACAAAUGGAGUAGAUGACGAGGGAGGUGAAUAGAUAUUAACUGUUUGAUUCCUCAAGGCUCUAACAGUACAGAACAUUCCUGAAAUGAAAUCAGCUUCUGCAAAGAUGCCAUCACACCUUUUUUUCUACAUUUUCUGAUAUUUGUAUGAAGAAAAUUGUGUUUAAGUGAUGGUUACUCGGGAAUGUGGUACAAAUGGUUCUAAAUUGAUGUAGCCAUGUGACUGUAAUACAAGAAAUUACUGCUGUAUGAUAGAACUGGGAUAACUUUUUGAAGUCCAGUGGUUUUGUUUAUUUUUAUUGCAAAGGAUUUGACUGGCAGAUGUAAAACAUACAGAACUGGAUCCACACUCCUCUUUUUGUAUCUCAACACAGACUGAGAAAAGGGACACAUUUAUGUGAUGUGUGACUGGUAUUCAGAGUUUUGUGCAAUCGGUUGUUCUCUUUGUAGACUGCAAUGAACUGACUGUGUUAACACAUUGUCUAUGCUUUGUAGACAGUCUCUUAAUUUUAUUAUUUUUUUUUAUUUAUUUCUGUUUUGUACUGAGGAACG